CGACUGUUAACGAAGUCCUCAUUGGCCCACCGCUUGCUGCGGUUCUCAGCCUCGCCGUUAGGUUGUGCACUGGAUUCCCCAAUGGGACCCUCCUGACAAAGACGCCUAUCGCCCCCCAACAUCGCCACUUUGGGACAUUGCGAUGCAUGCAGUCUAUUUCGGUAUCCUGGAAUAAAUGCAUACCUUACAAUGACCGUCAUACCCCGAAACUUGGACGCUAAGCAAGAAGCUCAAAGUGCCGCUCGCACGGCACAAGAGGGAACUGUACGAGGCAAGCCACGCGUCAAGCGUUGGGCACCAAAGAGCAAGUCUGGAUGUUUGACCUGCCGUAUCCGCCGCGUAAAGUGUGAUGAGGGUCGGCCGUCUUGCCACCGUUGCGUGUCGACCCGGCGCAUUUGUGACGGUUAUGACGACCCCUCAAGUGAAGCGUCCUCAUUAGAGGCACGCCAGAAAACGCACAAACAGCUGGCAAUAGCAGUUCUGAAUGAUGUACAACGCCAGCCACUUGUUCCCAGCUGGCCCGCCGGAGUACACUACACGCGAGAGGGAGCUGAACUGUUUGACUAUUUUCGAACCAACGUGGCAGAGCAAUUUGCUGGACCAUUCGAUGAAACCUUCUGGACUAGAAGCAUUCUUCAAGCUACCAGCAUUCAUCCUGCUGUUUGGCAUGCCUGCAAUGCGUUGGCGGCUGUUUCUCGUAGCUAUAAGCUCGUCUCCGAUUCACGCCAUAUGUCGAAAACCGGCAAACGCGAUCCAGACACGGCCAUUGCUAUUCAGCAGUAUAGCAUGUCAGUACGGUCCUUGGUUCAGAUUGUGACACAACCCACGUUGAGUCUAACUGAUAAAGAAAUCCUUCUGGUAACCAAUAUGCUUUUUAUCAUACUCUGCCGUUUACGAGCGGAUAUGAAGGAAGCCUACUUACAUCUCUAUAAUGGUCUGAAACUCUUUGACCAAUGGGGUCUUUCCGAAAAGAUAAACUCGUCUGAUCCGGCCGAGGCUGAUAGCCUCUUGCCUUUGAACUCACUCCGACCCGUGUUUCUGCGGAUGUACUAUCAAACUGCACCCAUGAGAGAUUGGGAGAACAAGACGUGGAACAAGCAAUAUUGUAUAAACGAAAUAUUGCCAAUUCCUUUUCUAAACGCCACCGAUGCUUUCUUUGAAAUCGAACUCUUGUGCCAUUCGCUUCGAAUGGAUAACCAACUAAUGACCGACUUCUCGAAGCCGGCACCAGCGGGCCCUAUAAAAUCCAGUCGCCCGGCAAUUUGGGCUGCCUUUCGGCUAUGGAAGUACAAAUAUGCCAAUUUCAAAAGAUCGCGGCGGUUCAAAUCUGUCAAGCCAUCCGCCGCUACGAUUAUUGAUAUUUAUGAGGUCUUGUUGGAUGUGAUGAGCAAAGUGGAUUACGCAGACAUCUUAUCACUUGACAAGUUCGAACCUAGCUACAAGGUAGUCGUACAACUAGCCGAGAAGCUCGGGAAGAUCGAGGCUAUGCAUGGAGGAGACAAGUCGUCUCCAGGAGGACCUAAGCGCCAGUUUGCAGUCACCCCGGCGGUGUGUGAUGCCAUGUACCACGUUGUUUAUUGGUCACGAAACCCUCUCUUACGCAGACAUGCACUUCGUAUUCUGGAGUCCAGAAAAAUCGAUGAGUGUAUGAUUGGGCCGGAGGUGCAGGCCUGGAUUUGCAGAAGCAAUAUGCUUUUCGAAGAGCGAGUAUGGAAUGACCCGAACCUCGCAGCGGAAACGCCUGGGUGUUGUUGUACUCCCGGGACAUUCAUCUGCAGGCUACAUCGUAUUGUAGAUACGAUCAUCAGAUUUGAUGAUGAAUUUAUAUUUCGACAAACGGUGAGGACUGUUUAUGACCUGGAGAAUGAUUUGCCUGGGGCGGAAAUCACGUUGUCGACCAGGGAUAUCGACACCGCGCGAACGCGAACGCAGUCAAGUCAAUAGCCUACCAUGUAUAGCUGUAGAAUGGAAACAUGCGCGGGUCGCAGUUUUUUUAUUAUGAAUCUACUAUUUAUUUUACAUUAAUCGAGUUAUCGCUCACUUGUUGUGUGGGAUAUUUACUCCUAGUUGGUCAAUAUCAUGCCCUAGACGCUAGUUGGCUCUGCAUCGAAUCUGGGUUACAGCGCCGGAAGUUACCGAGUAAUCAGGAAGAAUAUUAGUACCAUAAAAUAAAGCAUGAUAUAAUACGAUCCCAUCGGACCCCCAACUCCACGAUCUUUGGAUUUUCUUUUGCUAUUGGUAGACAAGUUGCUGGCGCAAAACUGUGACAAAUGGCGUGUUAUCCCUGGCAUGGUGGCGCUACUAAAUAGCCCGCCAGCGCUACUGAAGUUGCAACGAGGGCACGCUAAAUUAGUGAGAAUAUAUCGUUGCAAACGAUGCUAAUUCAACUAAUCCGCAUGAUUAUGAUGAUGGUGGAUUGGUCCAUUUGGAUUACUAUUUUUGUUACAAAACACAGGCUGAUGCUGUCAUAACUGGACACCGACAGCAUGACCGUUUGCUCGCCACCUCUCGAUCGGGGGCCAUCGAACAUCACAUCAGGCAGGCGGCGACGAAAUGGCGCUGGACCUAAUAAUAGCGAGCCCAUCCAGUCCCUGGCGCCACUGGAGCCAGGGACUAUGCAAUCAUCCAAUAGUG